AUGCCAGGCGCAGCUGCAGUGACCGCGCCAGAUGCCGAUUCCUUCUCCGACCGGCGGCUUUCAAUCAGACUCCAACACCCAACAUCAAGGUCAGCUCCUUCACUAAACUCGACCUCACAUCAGUUGACUGAAUAUCUUUUAGCCUUGCUCGAUAAGAGAUCCACGUCGCCUAUCCGCCAUCAAGAAAGCCCCGUCGGAUCCUCCACCGAACCUCAUGACGGCCACGAUGAGCCCCCCGCGAAGCGGCGGAAAGUCGCAGGCAGUGACCAUAAACCAUCUCCUCGUCCCAUCUCUCCUCCCUGGAAGCGAGUCGUCGCAGAAGGUCCGACAUCCUUCAUCCAGGACGGUCGUCGAAAGUCCGGGAGAACAAACAUAGUGCCCCUCGACCUGCAGCCGCAAUCAAACAAGAGGCAGACACGCUCCGCUUUUGACAAGGCCAAGGAGGAGCGUCAAAAACAUGCAAAGCCUGUUUACAACGUGUCCGCUCGCAAGUCUAAGAUUGAAGCGCACGUAUCUCCGCCGGUGACUGUUAAGCGGGGUCCUGUUCCUCCCUCGAAGAGUCGCGAUGCAUCCCAGUCGCAACACCACCUCAAGGCUGAACCCUCGCAGAGGCAUCUCAGAGACACGCUUAUCAUCUCAAAACAUCCUCAUUUGACUCAACCAAAAUCUGCUCGUCAUCGUACCAAUGCUCACGGAGACACGGUUGUCAUCUCAAACCACCCUCAUUCGACUCAGCCAAAAUCUCCUCGUCAUCGUACCAGUGCGGCUCACCACCCCCAGACCCCCCCACCACGGCUCAGCGUUGCAAAUGGAGACCAACCGCAGACAAACGGCAUAGUCAAGAUUGGGCAAGAGAGUGAUGAUGACAAUUUCGAUACCUCUAGCGGACUCUCCUCCAGAGGGCCGACUCCUCCAGUGACUCUGCGCAAAGUUACCUUUCGGGUGCGACUACCCCCACCCUCCGUUGCUAGUCCAGCCAACGUACCUUUACCGAAGAGGUACGCAUCCUUUGAAGAGUUCUUGGAGAAGGACGAGGCCGAACCCAGGACAGGGGAAGAAACUCUGACACGUGAUCAAGUUGAGAAGGAGGCCGUGGCCAGGCGAAGAGUGAGAGAUGCCCAAAAGCGAGGGUCGCUCCAUAAUAAAUUCGUCGAUGCGUUGCCCGAUAAGCAAGAUGAGCCAAGGAGACAAUACGCGCAUCGUGAUCACCUCUUAGCCCAUGUAUGCCACUUCAGGAAUCUCCUAAGAGCAGAGCAUAGAGAGCAUAAGAGGAAGGCUGAAAUACUAGCGCACGAGGCAAAACGAUAUGUUGAAAAGAAGCAGAAGCGCAAUAAGAUCAAGACUGCGGAAGAAAUUGAGCAAGAGAAACGAGAGACCUGUGUGGCAAUCUAUCGAACAGUGGUCAAAGAUAUCGACAAACUCUGGGCUGCGGUCAGACAAGAAGUUAACGCCAUCCGACAGAAGGAAUACGAAGAACAGCAGCAGGCAAAGAUGAAGGGACACCUUGCGCGAGUCCUGGAUCGAACGGAUCAAAUGCUCACUCGACUUGCUGAGCAGGAUGACUCCAUGAUGGACAGUGGAACAGAUCUUUCGUCCAACGAGACCACCGAAUCAGAGUCGGAAAAUAGCGAGCAGAUGUCAGAGAGCGAAACAGAAACAGAGUCAGAACCAGACGACGGGGACCACGAUGCCCAGAUGUCAAUUGAAGAAUUGAAAAAGAAGUAUGGCAACCUACCAGACUUACCGAUCACCGAUGAAGGGCCUCUCUCUGACGGCAAAGCGGAAGAUGAAGAAAGUCUGGAUCAGCCUGAUGAAGAUUCAGAUCCGGAGACUGAAAUGGAUUCCGAGUUUGACACAGAGGGAAGCGGUGAUGAGGAUGAGAACGAGGAGGGAGAAAGCGAGGAGGAUGAGACAGGUGGCGGCCUCCUCUCGAUGUUGUUCUCGAAGAAACAGAUCGUGGACAUGACGCUGGGAGCCGAUGAAAUGGAUGCAUCGAAGAAAGAAGAGCCCGAAAGCCGCAACAAUCCCCUUGUACAAGUCCUGGAAGAUGUGCCGAUGCCAAAAGGAGAACCCUCUGAAGAGGACCCGACGCCCGUACAAAAUGCUCAGGAGGAACUGAAAGCUGAAGCCACUGGCGAACAUAAUGCACAGUUGGAGAUUCCAACGGCUCAGGAAACCGAAAACGCUGGAUUGCGAGAUGCAACACCACUCUUCGACUCUCAGAUAGCCCGACUUCCUUCUGAAGAUCCUGGAAGUCAGGAGCCUAGCACCCAUCCCUCUCCUCAUACAACCACAACGAAAUUCUCCGAGCCUGGGUCUCUCUCUUCCAUCGAUGUUCGUGCAGGCUCUGUGCCGCCUGUCACACCUUCGGAAGCAAAAUCCGUCAUCAAGACGCCUGUUCCCUCAUUGUUGCGAGGCACUCUUCGUGAAUAUCAGCAUGAAGGUUUGGACUGGCUUGCAGAUUUAUAUGCCCAUGGAAGGAGUGGAAUACUCGCUGAUGAGAUGGGCCUCGGCAAGACUAUUCAGAGCAUUGCGCUUCUAGCCCACCUUGCUGAGGUUUACGAAGUCUGGGGUCCGCAUCUCAUCGUGGUACCGACAAGCGUCAUGCUGAACUGGGAAAUGGAGUUCAAAAAGUUCUUACCUGGAUUCAAGGUUCUGACAUACUAUGGCAACCUUGAAGAACGGAAGCAAAAGAGGAGAGGCUGGAUGGCGGAUGACAGCUUCAACGUCUGUAUCACGUCGUACCAAUUGGUCUUGCAAGAUGCAAACUCUUUCAAGAGAAGAAAGUGGCAUUAUAUGAUUCUGGAUGAGGCUCACAACAUCAAAAAUUUUCGGUCAGAACGAUGGCAGACCAUGAUGACGUUUAACACCAGAGCCCGGCUCCUCUUGACAGGAACUCCCCUUCAGAACAACUUGACCGAACUUUGGUCCCUUCUGUUCUUUCUCCACUAUGGUCAAGAAAAUGAGGGCGAGGACGACGCGUUCGCGGGGUUGAAAGAAUGGUCGGAAUGGUUCAAGAGGCCCGUGGAGUCGAUCUUGGAACACGGUCGUCAGGCUCUAGACGAGGAAGAUCGAGAACAGGUUGCGAAACUCCACAAAGUCAUCCGACCUUUCCUCCUCCGUCGCCUAAAAGCGGACGUGGAGAAACAGAUGCCAGCCAAAUAUGAACACGUUGAGAUGUGUCGGCUGUCCAAACGUCAGCGACAAUUAUACGACGGCUUCAUGUCGAGAGCGCAGACGAAGGAAACGCUGGCUUCCGGCAACUACUUAUCGAUCAUCAAUGCCUUGAUGCAGCUGCGCAAAGUUUGCAAUCACCCUGACCUUUUUGAAACACGACCGAUCAAUACAUCUUUCGCCAUGCACAAAUCUGCAGCAGCUGACUUCGAGAUUAAGGAUUUUUUAGUGCGUCGGAGACUAAUGUCGGACGCCUCAAACGAUCUAGACCUCGACUUCUUACGGCUGGUACCUAUUUCGGAAGAGCGGCUGUCAAUGAUUGAGGUAAUCGAAACUACUAAACGACAUGCAUACAACCAACUCAGAGACUUGAGGGAGGCUCAGUCCCGAAGGGUCUUGUCGUCCUCCCGCAAUAGUAUCCAUAAUGAUAAUGCCAUCGCCUGGCGCGGCGAGACCCGGCGCGGUGUACUCGGAUCUCUUGAGAAUGUUGGUCGGAGAGCGCGGCUUCAGGAGUUGGACCGUACGAUGUAUUACGAAGCCUACAAGCACCAUCAGCAUCCAAUUUACGGACGUGGACUGAUUGACCAGUUGACCAUAAAUACGACUUAUGAGAGACUGUCCAAACUGUCGCCGCGGAGGGUGUUGAGCAGAUUCUGGGAUGAAGACCAGCCAAUGCAGUCCUUGAGUCUUAUACAUUCUGUUCAGUCAAGGUCUGGCCAGAUGCAACCCUUCGUUGACAAAUACGCAUGUAUCACUCCCGCUGUUGUGGCCACGGAUCUCUACGCCAGAACUGUAACGGAAGCCGGAGCCCAAGCGAUACGAGAAGCAGCAGAAUCAACCUUGAAGAGGGAUGACGAGGACGAUCCAUUCCACCUCGCACGCAUGAAGCUCUCCAUUGCAUUUCCUGACAAACGCCUCCUUCAAUACGACUGCGGCAAACUGCAAAGACUGGACAAAUUACUCCGCCAACUCCAAGCCGGCGGCCACCGCGCCCUGAUCUUCACGCAAAUGACCAAAGUUCUCGAUAUCCUUGAGCAGUUCCUCAACAUUCACGGCCAUCGAUACUUGCGACUCGACGGCGCCACGAAAAUUGAGCAACGACAAAUACUCACCGAGAGGUUCAACAACGACACGCGCAUCUUGUGCUUCAUCCUUUCUUCCCGUUCCGGUGGACUCGGCAUCAACCUAACCGGAGCAGACACCGUUAUCUUCUACGACCUUGAUUGGAAUCCUGCCAUGGACAAGCAAUGCACUGACCGGGCGCACCGCAUUGGUCAAACACGAGACGUCCACAUUUACCGCUUCGUCUCCGAGCAUACCAUUGAGUCGAACAUCCUUCGAAAAGCAAACCAAAAGCAAAUGCUCGAUGACGUGGUCAUCCAGGAGGGCGACUUCACCACGGACUACAUGAAUAGGAUGACAUAUCGGGACAUGCUUGAUGAGAAUGCCGAGGAGGAUGAGGCUGGGAAGGCGAUGGACCGUGUCUUGGGUAACGAAAACAGUAGUAUUAAGGAGCUGGAGCAAGCCGAAGAUCAAGAGGAUCGCGUAGCGGCCAAGGUCGCCGCGAGAGAAUUGCAGCAUGCUGACGAGGGUGAUUUUGAGGAUGGGAGAGCUAGUGCCACGCCGAGAACCCAGACAGGCGACGCAAGAAGUACACCUGCAUCAGGCGUCGUGCCUGGCGAGCCAUUUGGAGCAACCAACACAGCCGUUAGCCAGCCACUGGACGACGAAGAGAGGAUCCAUCAUAUCGACGAGUACCUCAUUCAAUUACAAAGGUAUCUUAUGAAAGAUAUCCCGCUUGGACCGGGUAAAGACUCAAAGAAAGGAAAGAAAGGGAGAAGAGGGCGAGACGAACACCGCGUUAGGAGGGUGAGAUGA